AUGGAGGCCACACCCACACACUCACUGUUUAACAUAGUUCAGCUUGGAAUCGGCUUCUUCUUGAACUUUUUCGCCUUCAACUCACAAGGCUUCAUCGAAGAGCCGGUCAUUGAAAGCUUUGCCGAUAGGAGAAACAUUAAUAAACAUGCUGGUUAUUACAGCCUUUCCAUAAUAUAUGCUGUGUUUACUAUCUCUAAUAUUGUGGCAGCUCCAAUCGUUAGGUUAUUGUCACCCAAAUGGGCCAUGACACUUGGGGCCCUGUGCUAUGCUGCGUUUCAGGCUGGAUUUUUGAACGUGAAUGAGAUUUACUUGUACAUAUCCAGUGGAGUACUAGGAUUCGGAGCAGCCAUUCUAUGGACUGGACAAGGAACGUAUCUUACGCAAAAUUCGAGCCCAACAACGUCAGCAAGAAAUAGCGCAUUACUGUGGGCACUAUCAGAAGGAAGCCUUCUUGGAGGAGGACUUUUCCUCUUCGCAGUAUUCCAUACAUCGGAAACCACGGAUAACAUAUCAGAUUCGACGGUUCAUAUCCUCUAUGGAGUAUUCACUGCAGUUUCAAUACUGGCAGCGCUUACAUUGGCUCUAUUGAGAGUCCCGCCUUCAAUCGAGAAAACAGCUGAAGAGGAAACUCAGCGAUGGUCAACCAUCUCGUUGAUGUUCACGAAGGAAAUGCUUCUGCUAGCUUUUGUUUUUGCAUAUUCAGGAAUCGAACAAUCAUUUUGGACAGGUGUUUAUCCGACCUGUAUAUCCUUCUCGCAACACCUAGGGACAAAUACCAACUCUUUACUAGCAUUGAACUUGAUUGCCACUGGAAUAGGGCAAACCACAGCAGGAUUAGUAUUUGGAAUUCUUGGCGAUCGUACGAAAAAACUUGGACGAGACUCUGUUGUGUUCUUGGGAACGGUUGUUCAUCUUCUGGCUUUCCUACUUAUCUUCAUGAACUUUCCUGCUGAUUCACCCUUACAAAAGACUAGCGCUUCCGGCGGCCUUUUCGAACCCAGUGUUGUAAUUGCACUAAUUUGCGGUGCAUUGCUUGGAUUCGGUGAUGCCUGUUGGAAUACACAGAUUUAUUCAUUUCUUUGUGACGUAUACGCCGAUAAAAGCAGUGAAGCGUUUGCCUUGUUUAAGUUCUACCAGGCUGGUCUUUCAUGUGCUGCAUUCUUCUAUUCCUCAGUACUGAUGUUACAAUGGCAUCUUCUGAUUCUGGUCACCACCUCUCUCAUUGCAGCCGUUUGCUUCUUCCUUUCAGAGCGACUACUCUUCAUGUCAAGGGCAAAAGAGGCUUCCAUUACAAAUUAUAGAUUAUAA